AUGGCAGACUUGGAAGCUGUGCUGGCUGAUGUCAGCUACCUGAUGGCGAUGGAGAAGAGCCGAAGUCAACCAGCCGCCCGUGCCAGUAAACGUAUCGUUCUACCUGAUCCAAGUGUCCGAAGCAUAAUGCAAAAAUUUCUCGAAAAAUCGGGUGAUAUGAAGUUCGACAAGAUAUUCAAUCAGAAACUCGGAUUUCUACUGUUGAAGGACUACGCGGAAAACGUAUCGGAGAGCCCGUGUCCACAGAUCAAAUUCUAUGAAGCUAUCAAAGAGUAUGAGAAAAUGGAGACACCGGAUGAGCGACUAACAAAGGCUCGGGAAAUUUAUGACCAUCACAUAAUGGUGGAAAUGUUAGCACAUGCUCAUAACUAUUCAAAAGAAUCGUUGCAACAUGUACAAUACCACCUCCUGAAACAAAACGUGCCACCCGACCUUUUCCAUCGAUAUGUUCUGGAAAUUUGCGAUCAGUUACGUGGAGAUAUAUUUCAACGAUUUCUGGAAUCUGACAAGUUCACACGGUUUUGUCAGUGGAAGAAUUUGGAGUUGAAUAUGCAGUUGACGAUGAAUGACUUCUCUGUGCAUCGUAUUAUUGGUAGAGGUGGAUUCGGAGAAGUGUAUGGUUGUAGGAAGGCGGACACUGGAAAGAUGUACGCAAUGAAAUGUCUCGACAAAAAACGCAUAAAAAUGAAACAGGGAGAAACGUUGGCUCUUAACGAGAGAAUCAUGUUGAGCCUUGUAUCAACUGGUCAAGACUGUCCAUUCAUUGUGUGCAUGACGUACGCAUUCCAGUCACCCGACAAACUUUGCUUCAUUUUGGAUUUAAUGAAUGGUGGAGAUCUGCAUUAUCACUUAUCUCAACACGGAGUAUUUACGGAACAAGAAAUGAUAUUCUACGCUUCUGAAGUGAUUUUGGGUCUCGAGCAUAUGCAUAAUCGUUUUGUGGUCUAUCGAGAUCUGAAGCCGGCUAACAUUUUGUUAGAUGAGAAUGGUCAUGUGAGAGUCUCCGAUUUGGGUCUCGCGUGUGAUUAUUCCAAAAAGAAACCGCAUGCCAGCGUUGGAACCCAUGGCUACAUGGCACCUGAAGUGCUUGCCAAAGGAGUCGCCUACGAUUCAUCUGCUGACUGGUUCUCGUUAGGAUGCAUGUUGUACAAACUGCUGAAAGGACACUCGCCAUUCCGUCAGCACAAGAGCAAAGACAAGAAUGAGAUUGAUAAAAUGACACUGACUCAAGACAUUGAACUGCCGAAUGAGGGGCUUUCAAAGGAUUGUCGGGAUCUGUUAGAGGGACUUUUGAAACGGGACGUGCCGGAUAGACUAGGUUGCAGAGGGAAAGGUCCGACAGAGGUUAAGGAGCAUCCAUUCUUUAAGGAUGUGGAUUGGCAGACUGUUUACCUAAGAAGAAUGACGCCGCCUUUGAUUCCGCCACGUGGAGAAGUCAACGCCGCUGAUGCGUUCGAUAUUGGAAAUUUUGAUGAUGACGAGGUGAAAGGAGUGAAAUUGCAAGAUGGAGACUCAGACCUGUACAAGAACUUCAACAUAGUGAUAUCUGAAAGAUGGCAGAAUGAGAUAGCUGAGACUAUAUUCGAGGUGGUAAACCAGGAUGCGGAUAAGGCAGAGAGUAAGAAGCGAUCGAAGCAAAAGAUCAAGGUGGCGGUUGAGGAGAAAGACUCUGACGUCAUCGUUCACGGCUACAUCAAAAAAUUGGGCGGUCCAUUCACUUCUGCAUGGCAGACAAAAUACGGAAAGCUGUAUCCAUCUCGGUUAGAACUCUAUCCGGAAUCGUUGACUGCCAAGCCGGAGUUGGUAUUCAUGGAUCAAAUAGAAGACGUGUGCGCCGAAAUGCAAACAAUCAAAGGAGAGAACGCGAUCAUUGUGAAAUUGAGAGAUGGAUUCAAGGAGCCGAAGAUUUGUUUGACUAAUUCGGACGAAAUCUCCCUUAAAGAAUGGCAUACCUCUCUCCGAACCGCCCAUAAAGUCUCAUCAGAAUUAUUGCAACGAAUGGGCCGCAAAGCAAUUAAGAUCUACGGAGUCAACCACGACCCAAUGCUAUCCGAAAGUGAACGUCCUGGAUCAGUAACCCGUGCAUUCUUAAACAGAGCCAGCAGUGUCGAUUCAGGAGUUUGA